AUGACCCUCCCCAGCCUGCCGCGCACGAACGAGGGCCAGCGUAUCUGCCAGGUAGUCAAGCUCAAGCCCGAGCACGCGGAGGAGUACAUCCGGAUACACGCCGACGUGUGGCCUGCCGUGCUCGAGUCGCUGCGCAAGGCCAACUUUGUUGACUACUCGGUGCACUACUUCGCCGAACUCAACCUGCUGAUCGCCCACAUGCGAUACCUUGGGUCCGACCUCGAAGCCGACGCCGCGGGGGUGCGCGAGAGCGAGGAGACGCGGCGGUGGUGGAAGAUCACCGACGCGAUGCAGGAGACGUUCGUCCAAGGCUCGACAGGCAGCACGUCGCCCCUUGGGUGGUGGCUCAACGUGCCAGAGGUGUUCCGGAUGGAGCAGUAG